AAAAAAGCGGAGAGUGGGCCAUAAAAAAGGUUUGGCUGUAAGUCAGGCCUAAAGCCCGUUCGCUUUAUGGUCAAUUAGAGAGCAACUCAUUUGCAUCUUAACUGGGAAAUGGCCAAGUGCGAAUGUCUCCUGGUCAUGGUGUUGCUGCUGCUGUCCACAUCCCUUGCCUGGAAAUGCCUUUACGAGGAAUUCAACUUGGACCCGGAGAAGAUGAAAGGCGGCUGGUAUGUUUAUGGGACAUAUCCGGAGAAGACCAUGUGUUACUUUGAAAAUUUGGAUCCCUAUUGGACCAGGAUCACCCAGACAGACUACACUAACUACGCUGUGGAACUCCAUUGCAGUUUGCCCUGGAUGCGUCCCCAGAUGGCCAUAUACCGGGAUAAUGAGCCCUCAGAGAAUACGCUCCAUGAGAUUGAUGCCUACCUGCAGAGUGUUCAUCUCUCAAGAGAUCAGUUUGUAAUUAUCAAAAAGUCUGAAAACUGCAAGAAUGAGAAACAUGGUCCCUUGCAGACCUGGCACUUGUCCAGCUACAAUUAUCUCCAGUACAAUCCGCAUUAUGUCAAGCCCUUGGCACAGAAUCCAAUAUCUGAGCCACUCUUUCUUCUCUCUCACCCAUCGCUCUCCAAACUUUCUUUACCACGAAAAUUUACAUAUGCCAAAUUUGGUAAAAAUAUGCGAAGCCUCAAAGACCGACCCUGAAAUGCUCUAAGAGUAAUAAAAGAAACCGAUGUCAUCUCAAAAUUAUGAGUAAUUUAAAUAAACCCAGAGAUGGGUGCUUAAGCAGCGGGAAUGAGAUAAUUUAUGCAGUGAAAGGUAGUCACCCAAUUAAAAUUCCUCGUUUUUAUGA